AUGUCGGCCGAAUUUCACGACUCUGCGAUCGAGCAAAUUCGGGUCAUUAUAACGCGUCUGCAAUCUCCUGUACCAGAUGCGACGACCCUCUAUCAGCUCCUUGCCGCCCCUCUCGCGUAUCUGAACCUCCUUCCGCCAAAAUUCAGAGGAUACAACGAAUCUCCUCUCAUCGCAGGUUCCUUUAUCAUAUCGCGCCACCUUCCUCCUUUGCAGCGCGCUCUACUCGAACAUGUUCUCCCAACGUGGGAGGCAUCACUCGUAGAGGGGGACACUUGGGCCCUCGCCGAACAGUAUUUCUGUCCUGAUUCCAUUUCCUUUGCGUCGUCCGCAGCCGGCCAGGUCGCGGUCCAUGCGUACUCAAGUAUUCUUUCUCUACCUUUCACAGAUGUAUCACUUCGCUUGCUGGACAAACUCAGCCGAUCAUAUCCCAUAGAUGUGUUGCACUCGGUGGUAUAUUCUAUUGAUGGUAGGAAGGGAUCGUCUGGCAAGCAGAUCAUUACUUGGGAGGACUGCGUCCGAAAUGUUGCGGCCAUCCCGGCCAAGGCCUCUAACAUGAUGGGAGGAGGGACUGUGAUCCCGUCGUCUCUUGAGCAGGGAACUUACCUCAAAAAUCUCAGUGUACGAUGCGAGUGCCUGAUAUAUGCAUUGUCUCGGAGUCCAUCUCGAGAAUAUGUUUCAUCUAUCGUCUAUCUUCUCACUAAGCUAGUCAACAUCGGCCUUUUCACCCAUUCGCGGCUUGCAUCUCUGUCACAGCCUGCAUUCUUUGAGGUCACAUUGCCUGUUGUUCGGACACGACUGUCUUAUCCAGAUGAAUCGUAUGCAGAAUUUUGGCAACAAAUCAUAUUAUCUCUCCCGUCUUACCAGACACGCCACUCCAUAAUACUAUCUCUUUUAUCAUCGUUAGCGGAAAUAUCUCCGUCCCUUGAUACUUCAACAUCUGCUCGCUCGCUCGUAAAACGCGAAGCGCAGCUUUUAAAGGGCUUGCUGGGACGAUUGGAUACUGAUAAUGGUGAGGUAUUAGAUGCCUUCAGUGCCAUAGCCCUAGGUCGAGAGUGGAGCGAAGGUCGCGCACGAAUCUUUGCAUGUUGGGCCGCCGGGGCUGAGAGCAGUACAGCAGACAUCGAAGGGUUAGAGUCGGUGCUGUCCAGGGUGGUUGACAUGUGGACCAGUCCGGAGCAUAUCAAGCAUUCUCUCCUCUCGCGGCACCAUUAUAUCACGGCUCUCCUCCUGCUGACACUGAAUUCCUUCCGGCCGAUAGAAAGUCGACAUUGCCAAAAAUUAGCUCUCUCACCGCCAUUCAUCACCUCUAUCUCCACGUAUAUCUCCCACCUCGAUCCCUCUGUCCGCCGCUGCGGAAUGCUCGUAGGGGAGGAAGUAGCAAGUGGAGCCGGCAAAAAGCUGGACUUCGGUGAUUGGGACGGCGAGGAUCAGGGAAAAGUCUGGUGUCGCCAGCUUAGACUGCUAAUUUCAGAACGCGAUGCAGACGCAGAAACUAUCAGCUUCGAGUCCGACGCAAAGGGCGCCACGCCAGAUCAAAAUACGAGUGAUGAGCACGAUGCUGCAGAUCAGGCCCCAGUGCACUCCGGAACGUCCGGUCAUCCGCCGAGACUAGCAGUUAUGGAGGAUGUACAAUACGACUCAGACGAUUCCCUCACGGGCUAUGCCUCUACACCGUCGUCAUCCCGGUCUUCCUCGCCUACCCCUUCUGAACUUGCCGAGAUAGAGAAGGAUCCGACUCUGCGCGUUGGACAAAAGAAAAUUCCGCGCCCAGUAUAUCUCGCUCAGCUCGGGCAAUUGGUUCGUAGUACAUCGGGUCUGCGAACAGAAGGAGAAGAAAUGCAGGUCGAAAAGAUCGAGAUGGCACUUGAAGUGGCUGAGGAGCUGAUCCGUAGGAAGCGAGCCUAUGGUAGCGAACUUGAAGAGAAUGCUAUCAACCUUGUUCACGGAUUCAUCGGUCUCCAAGACAAUUACGAGAUUGCCGACUUCGACGAGAGGCGACAGGCAGCAUUGAAUGCGUUGGUGGCCUGUUGCCCGCGUAAAGCAGCUCCGACUCUUAUCGAGGAAUUCUUCAGAAACCAAUACUCGACAACUCAACGUUACGUGAUGUUAAAUGCUCUCGCGGUGGGUACAGGCGAGCUUGCCUCAAUCUCAUUUGGGACAUCCUCUACGGCACGACCCCUACCAGCGAACCGGAUAAGCUUCCCCAGCAGACAGCUUCCCCCCGCUCAACACAAAAAAUAUAUAACUGGCGGGGACCACACCAAUGCACACAACCCUGUGCAAAAGUUCCUCGAAGAUAUCAGUCGCGACGCACUCGACAAGGGACAAGAAGCCACCGCCGACAAGGUACCACAGUUCGUGCGCGAACGUCAGCUUCGCAUCCGGCAGCCUGCCAAAGUGACCGAGGUGAAACCCAGCGGCUCUGCGCUCACUCGGCUGGGAACGCAAGCUCAGCCUAAAUCCACGACAUUUACCGAGGUCGCGGCAGAGUUCUUCAUAUGCCCCCUGAUCAAUCGCUUCUGGUUGUUCCUCCGAGACGAACAAACGCGCGAGGAGCGCACCAUGCGCCAGCCCGCCCUCCAUCAGUACAAAGGCGCGGGGACAGGUCUCAUCCUCAAUGCUGUGGUGCUGUCGCGAUUCUUAAGUACGCUUACGGUAUUGGUCCAUGCGGCAAGAAACGCACGAGAAUGGCUUGCGAUCGUCGCUCCGGAUUCGCUGGAAUUGGCGGUGACCAUUGGUACUCGUCCGGUCUCAAUGGCUGAGGGUGAAGACGAAGAUGAAGACGAAGACACCGAGAGCUCACCUGAAAAAAGCAGCAAUGCGGGGACGAGACGGAGGGGAAAAGAGGCGGCUGUGCUGACUGCUGCGCUUGAGCUGGCAUUGAUCGUGCUGGACGGAUGCUUGGAUCUUGAUGGGGGACGUUCUCUUGGACUGGAACAUACUGCACUGUUGCUCGGUGCUGGACAGUGGGCCGGAGAGGUGUUCUCGAGAUUGGACAAGGGUUCCCGGGUGCUCGGAGAAGGUGGAAUACACGAGGUUAAGCUGAGGAGAGCGGCAGCUGGUGUUGUGCUCAAGGUUGAUGAGUUGACCUCGAAAUGGAGGCGGUCUAUGGUUGAUGUAGGGUCAUUCUAA